AUGAUUAUACCACUAUUAACUAGAUUUGAAAAAUAUAAAUCCUAUUCAGAAGAAUCAAGUGUUUAUUUAUUAAGAUUAUUUAUUUAUGUUGUUUUAUCAACAUUAAUACUUCCAGUUUUAUUAUUAACUUCAUUAGAUGGUGUUAUUAGAUAUUUUGAACAAUUUAGUCAUUCAGUUAGUGGAUCAGGUGAUUCAAAUUGGCAAGCUUUAUUUGAUUAUUUAUUUUUACCACAAUCAGGUGCAUUCUUUAUUAAUUAUACAAUUCAAUAUUCUUUAUUAGGAUGUUUUGUUGAUAUGAUUAGAUUAAAAGAUUUAAUUAUUUAUUUUUAUUUGAGAUUUAAAAGUGUAACUGAAGAGGAAAAGGAAAAUGCAACUAAAAUUAGUGAAUUUGAUUUACCAUUAGAAUAUGGUUAUAUGAUUGCAUUCUUUGGAAUUAUUUUAACAUUUUCAGUUUUUGUUCCAUUAAUUUUACCAAUUGGAUUUUUCUAUUUUAUUGUAAAACAUUUAAUUGAUAGAUAUAAUAUUUCAAGAUUAUGUUCUAAAAAUGAUAAAGCACGUUACAAAUUAUCACCUGAUAUUACUUCCUAUAGAGAACGUAACAAAUUAAUUGUACAAAUGACAUUCUUUUGUAUAAUAUUUGCUCAAUUUUAUGUCAUGUUAUUCUUUGCCAAAUCAGGAGAUGUUACUUUUAUUCAUUUAUUUUUAAUGUGUUUAUUAUUAAUUUUAUCAAUUGUUUAUGCUUUAUAUUGGAAUAUUCAUUACAAGACUAAAUUUAAUCCAUUAGAUUCAAAUAAUAAUCAAUUAAUUCAUUCCACUUUUUAUAGUCAAGAUGAGGAAUUAUCAAUUUUUAAUAAUCAAUUACAAGAUAAAUUUAGUUAUGCUUAUUUCCCACCUUUUGCUUUGGAAUCAAUUCAUGGUUUGAAGGAACAACGUGAACAAGAAAUUAAUGAAAUGAAAUUGACUAUUUAA